GUAGAGAAUCGACAUUUGGAGAGAAAAGACGCUAUUAACACGAAAGCACUACACCAGUAAACUAAUAAGUAAAAACAACUACAACUGAAUAUAAAUAUAAUAAGUGUGCCAAUUAAGAUAUUCAACUGAAAGAACAACAAAUUUACCGGAGAAAUUGAAAACAUGAAAACGUUACGGAAUACUUUCGCGCUUGCCGCAAUAAUAGUUAGCUGUGCAACAUUUGUUGCUGCUUUGCCCCGGCCAGCUAACGAUCCCAACGCCGAGUAUGAAUUGAUAAGCGGUGGCGCCCAGGUUGGUCCUAAGCCCACUUUUGUACCGGUAACGCGAAAACCGCUGAUAAUUAACACCCCACCGCCGACUCCAGCCAACUCGAAGAACUUCGCCUUUGACCCGAUCACCAAAACAUGGACUCUAGUGAAGAAGGACGCUCCCAUACCAUCGGAAGGCACACUCAUAUGGAACCAAAGCAACGACAAAUGGUUGACCGAAACAGCCAGGCGCGUCUAAUGAUGCCAACGACAUUUAUGGAUGAUUAAAAGUAAUUUUUGAAGCAAAUGCAAUUGUUUUUAUUUUUAAGGUCAUAUGCAAAUGUGCACUGAUGUGAUAAUGUGUAACUGUUUUAAUUGAUCACUUCACAAACACACAUACACAUAUGUACACAUUUGUAUUUGUUAAUAUUUUUAUUGUUGUAAAUUUGUUUUAUCAGAAAAACAAAAGAAAUCAUUGCACUUUAUAUAUAUAUCGAUUCGUAAGUAUAUAGACAUUUAACACAGUUUAUUUGGUUGAAAUUAAAUUUCCGCUUUUUUCUUACAAAAAUAA